AUAUAUCUUCAUACAUUGAUUCAAAUAGGCCACCUGAGAUUGAAAAGCUUCAAUCUAGAAUCUAGACACAGCCGAUCAAGAAAAGCUUUCCUUCAUGGAUAUUCAAAAGAGCUCUGAAGAUGUUGUGACUGUUGAUGUCCAUGCAGCCAAACAUCUCCUAAUCUCAGGCCAUCAAUAUCUAGAUGUAAGGACAAUUGAAGAGUUCAACAAAAGCCACGUUGAGAAUGCCUUGAAUGUUCCUUACAUGUUUAUCACGCUAGAAGGUAGGGUUAAGAACCCUGAAUUUCUCAACCAGGUCGUAUCAGUUUGCAAAAAGGAGGACCAACUUGUAGUGGGUUGCAAUAGUGGUGGAAGAUCAUUGCGUGCUUGCGUUGAUCUUCUUAAUGCUGGAUUCAUGAAUGUAAGCAACAUGGGAGGUGGCUAUUCUGCAUGGGUGGACGAAGGACUAGCAGGGGACAAACCAGCAGAUGAGUUGAAAACCUCUUGCAAAUUCCGUCCUUGAAAAUCUUUCUGUAAUAGCAUCAACAAAUAGGUUUGAAAAAUAAAGUUGUUAGAUAUGUUUGAGAUAGCAAUUCUCGUCAAGCUAUAGACAUUAUAUAACCAUAAAAGGGACUUCGAGGAGGCUUCGCUACCACUUCCCCAUGUCUGGGUGUUGCGAACGUGGACGGGAAGAGUUCUUUCUCCUCUCCCACAAAGUUUAACAAUACAUUACAUUAAAAAAAGUAAAUAGAUGGCUAAAACUAAAUGUGA